CCGCUCCUCUCCAACUGGAAAAGCCUUUGUGCCAAGCAAAACAUCGCAACCCGGUCCAAAAUGCCGGACCUCACUGUCGGGCAGGUUUCGGGGUUGAUUGCGGCAGGCGUAUUCGCACUACAAUUGUUGUUGCCGCUCAUCUUCCCAGCGAUAUUGGUUGGAUUCAUCACUGAGCAAAACUCGGUUGUCACUUGGUCGGUACUCGGCCGUUUCCUCCACUCGUCUCUGUGGCCAAGCAUCCUGGGGACCGAUGCAACGGCGCGACAUGGAGUGCAGGCGCGUGUCAACUUUGUCAUGCUCCUCCAGAUGGUGACCGUUUUCUUGGUCUCUGUAGCCGCCAUCUUCACUCCUCUUGGUCUGUACCAGACUAUUGAGCCGGCCGGGAAUCAGGAUGUCGAGGCCUUCCAGUACGUCAAAGACAGUUCGCCUUUCGGCUAUGGGACUCCAAUGAGGACCACGGCACCCUUUACGAGGAACUGCGGCGAUGAGGCCUGUCCCGGAUCGACCAUGAAUCAGACAUGUGUCCAACAAGGACUCCUCCUCAACUGUACAGAUACAGUGUAUGACCGGUCCAUACCUGAAGCCCUGAAAUCCCUGUUCAGAGAUGGAGCCGCCCGGUUUGGCAGGCCGGUAUCGAGCAUAUUUGACAUUCAGUGGAGAGCCAAUAUCAACGCAACGGACCCUGCGGGCGUCCUCGGAUGGUAUCUCAAGUCAGCGUACCGUCAGGUAUCCAUGUUGAUACUGGACCCGAGGAUACAAGUUGUCGACGGGCUCAUCGUUGAUGCCGAGAAUGGGGGCAUCGGCUUCCGCAAUCACACUGCUCCCGUCCCCCCUCACGAGUACGGCAGCACGUGGACCGAGGAUAUUCUCUUUGUUGAGCCAGAGACGCAAUGCGUGGACUUAAACAUCACUUUCGACUUUGAGCUUACGCAGAAUAACACCUCACGGCUCACCGUAAAGGACAUGACCCUUACUGACCGUGGCGGAUUCUCCAACUUGUCCCGCACCAGCCCCGACCUCACAACACCCCCAUUUGGCAACGGACAAGGCGAUCUCAAUUUGAGAGAGAGAGCCUACAAGGCUGCUUGGCUCAACAACUUCCUGACAUUGGCUUACUUCAACGCCACCGAUCCGGACCCAACGAAUAUCACGCGACUCGACGUUACCCCCGGGAUGACCUUCAAAAGCGACCCCUCCUUUCAGAACGGCACCUUUGCCAUUGAGUACGAAUCCAUCAGAACCAGCCUAUUUUUCGGCGAAUAUCUCGACCUCACAGAAGCCUCUUCAGGCCGAAACAAAUCAGGCGCGACCGGGAACCCAUUUGGAAUCGGCACGGCACAUUUCGCGGCAAUUUGUAUGCAACCUCCCCCACGCUUUCCGGCCCAUAGACCAUCUCACCACACAGUCAACUAACCAACCACAGCCGACAUCUGCGCCGGCACCACCAUCUCCAGCCCACCCAAC